AUGUCGUCCAAUAAUGACCCUGUUACAGUCCCAAUAUUAGAAAUUAAUCCUAGUGACCUUCCUAGAAUGGACACCAGUGACCUGAACUCAUUGGCUGAAGAGGCUGUGUUAAGUUUUCAUAACAUCAGCUAUCAGGAAACAGUGCAAAGUUGCUUUCUGUUUUCUAAAAAAACAAGUGUGAGAGAAAAACUAUCAAAUAUCAGUGGGAUCAUGAAACCUGGCCUCAAUGCAAUUAUGGGACCACAAGAUGGAAGCAGAUCUUUGUUAUUAAAUGUCUUAGCUGCAAGGAAAGAUCCACGGGGAUUAUCAGGAGAUAUUUUGAUAAAUGGAAACCCUCGACCUGCUAAUUUCACAUGUACUUCUGGUUAUGUGCCACAAAAUGAUGUGGUGAUGCGCACGGUGACUGUGAGAGACAACAUAGAGUUCUCAGCAGCUCUUCGACUGCCAAUGACUAUGACAAGAGAUGAAAAAAGAAGGAAAAUUAAUGAGGUCCUUGAACUUCUGCAUCUGGAUAAAGAGUCAAAUGUCAAGCCUAGAUCUAAAGAGCUCAGGAAAAGGACCAGUAUAGCAAUGGAGCUGGUCACCGAGCAUCCCAUUUUGUUCUUGGAUGAUCCCACCACUGACUUAGACUUGAGCACUACUACUGAUGUCAUCUCGGUCCUGAGAAGGAUGUCUAUGAGGGGACGGACAAUCAUCUUCUCCAUUUUUCGGCCCCCAUACUCCAUCUUCAGACUGUUUGACAGCCUCACCUUAGUGGCCUCAGGAAAAGUCAUGUUUCAUGGGCCUGCACAGGAGGCUUUGGAGUACUUCAAAUCCGCAGGUUACAACUACGAUUCCCACAACGACCCCGCAGACUUCUUCCUGGAAAUCAUUAAUGGACAUCAUUUUUCUGCUCUAUUCCUUACAGAGGAAUCUGGUGAACAGAAAGAUCUUUCUGAGAGACAGCACCAAGUCACAGAAGAAUUAGCCAAUAUGUAUGCCCAGUCCUCCAUAUACAGUGAAAUGAGAACUGAACUGGAUCCACUCUUGAGGGAACAGAAUGCAGAGAGGAGCUCAGCCUUGGAGAUCACGUGUGCCACCCCUUUCUGGCAUCAACUCUUGUGGAUUAUUCGUAGUUCAUUAAAAAACUUCAAGGAUUUUCAAAGGAUGACAAUAAUUAAGGCAUUUAUCAUAUGUAUACUGACUGUGUAUACGCGUAUCACUUUACAUGUCCUAAGAAAUGACUGUUAUGAAGUCCAGACCAGAGCCUACCUGCUCUUCUUGCUCACAGUCUUACAGUGUAUUUUAAGUGUGACUACAGGAGAGAUUCUCAUGAUUGACAGGGAUUAUUUUCCACAUGAGUAUACCAGUGGUUAUUACAGAGUGUCAUCGUAUUUCCUUGGGAAAUUGCUCGGUGAGCUGGUACCCAGGAGGUUAUUGCCAAGUAUUAUAUUUACUGUUAUAGUAUUCAUCAUAGUAGGAGUAGACACAGAUGUGAAGGGUUUUUUCGCUAUGAUAUUUACCAUCAUGAUGUUGACUUGUUCAGCCAGUUCCCUGCUGCUGUCUCCAGGGGCAGGGCAGAUUGCAGUGGGUAUACCAACAAAAUUCCUUGUGACUGUCUACUUUGUGAUCAUGCUGUUUACCUUAGGUCUGACAGUAUUUUUCGUAAACGGCAUACAGGGCGUCAGAUGGAUUCAGUACUUGAGCAUUCCGCAUUAUGGAUUUACAGCUUUGCUGCACAAUGAUCUCCUGGGACAAAACUUCUGUCCAGAACACAAAACAGCAGAAAUCAGUAGAUGUCAGAACUCUGUAAUAUGCACUGGUGAAAAAUACUUGGCGAUCCAUGACAUUGACCUCUCAUCAUGGGGCUUCUGGAAGAAUCACGUGGCCUUAGGUUGUAUAACAAUUAUCCUCUUCUCAAGUAACUAUGUGGCAUUAUUAGCUUUUAUGAAAAUGAGACAUUUUUUAAAACGGUCUUGCACUUUCAUUGAAUUAAUUUGGCCUUAA